AUGUUACUUUUAUUCUUAAUUGCGCUUAUUCUAUGCAUUGGUAUUACGAUUUAUUACCUUCUUGGACUACGACAACGUUAUAAAUACUUUGAUCAACGUGGUAUUUCUACGCCACCCUAUGAAUUUUUCUAUGGUCAUCUUAAAACAUUAUGGAACAGUGCAUCCUAUCAUCGUCAGCUCGAAAGUUGGACAAAAGAAUAUGGAAAGAUUUAUGGAAUAUAUGAAGGAGCUGUUCCAACAUUGGUUGUUAGUGACCCUAAUUUUCUUCAAGAAGUAUUUAUCAAACAAUUUUCUUCUUUUCCUGGACGAAAGCCAACUUUCGGAGAUUUCAGAAGUCAAAGCCUUUUCUCCGCAGUGGGUGAAAAAUGGCAUCGAUUUCGUCAUGUAAUAAAUCCAGCAUUCUCUUCAGCAAAACUAAAAAUGAUGUGUCCUCUUAUCAAUGAAUGUGUUCGUGAUACAAUGGAAAAAUUAGCUGAUCAUGCAAGAGAUGGUACUGAAUUCAAUAUCUUUUUAUACUAUAAACAAAUGACGAUGGAUGUCAUAUGCCGAUGUGCAUUUGGACUCGAUACUGAUUUACAAAACAAUCCGAACAAUAUAUAUUUUAAAAAAUUGGAAGAAAUCUUUGGUCGCAAUGUUAGAUCAAGUGGCUUUUUCAAACUUGCUAAACUGAUGCCUCAAUUAGCGAACAUCAUUGCUAAAGUCCUUUUUAGUAUCAUCAAUACAAAAACAUUCAUUAAUAAGCAUGUCAUGCCUUGGAUAUCCAAAAAACAAUUAAAUGAAUUCCCUGUUGUAUGGCUUCUCAAUCGACUACGUGAAGUUGUUGAUGAGCGACAGAAGACGGCUACUUCACGUGUCGAUGUUCUUCAACUAAUGUUAGAAGCGUUGAACGAAGAGAAAACUAAUGAUGAAAUGCAGGAUAGCAGCAAAACAAAUUAUUGGCUAACUCGAGAAGAAAUUGCCAAUAACGCCUUCAUCUUCAUGUUGGCAGGAUAUCAAUCAACAUCGACUGCUUUAGCCUAUGCAACGUAUGAACUUGCCAGACAUCCAAAAGUUCUUCAGAAACUUCAAGCUGAAAUUGACCAACUUCCAUUCAAUGAUGAUGACAAUUUCGAUGAAGAGAUGAAAAAAUAUUCGAAUUACGAUGUAGUCGCUCGGAUGCCUUAUAUGGACAUGUUUAUUUCUGAAGUAUUAAGAAUGUAUCCCAUUUCAAACUCGGCCAUUCAAAGAUGUGCCUCCGAAGAUACAGUUGUACAAGGAAUCAAAAUUGAUAAAGGUAAUCAUCAACGAAUCCAUUAA